AUGGAGGGCUCAACGCUACCUUCGAACCUCCCCAAUACCCCGCCUCGACCCAACGUCGAUAAAAUCAAGCAAAAACUCCUGAAACGCGGCGUCGAGCCUAGCCCCAAAAUCCUACAUAACCUCCGUAAAAAGGAGCUCCAAAAAUCCAACCGCCGUCUGGCCAAGCAAGCCUCCAAGAUGCCUCCGCCCCUCACCGACGCUCAGAAACAGUCCCUUUUAGAAGAAUUGCAUUUUCAGACAAUCAAGUCCGAAUACAAGAAAUUCACAAGAGAAAACACGAAACUGGUCGGAAAGCCUUGGGAGAAACUUGAAAGGAUCCGGUUGAGGGAGCUUGCGGGCGAGGAAAUGGAGUACGGUGGCGAGAGAUUGAAUCAAGAGCAUCUGAGCGAGCUAAGUGACGUAAUUGAGCUCGAAAGGGAUAAAUUCUCUUGGCUUUUGGAUAAUGAUAUCGAGCUUGAAGAAGGAUUGGUCGAGAAUGACGGGACAAAGUGGGCCCCGCCGAAGCGCCGCGAGCCCGAAUCAAUUAACCUUCUAAUCCACAGGUUAAGUGGGACAGAAUUAAGUGUGAAAGAUUGGAAGUUUACUCGGAUGAUGAGGUAUUCUGGAUUGCAGUUUACUGAAGACCAAAUGUUGAAGAUAGUCGAGGGCCUUGGGAAUAAAGGACAAUGGCGGCAUGCAGUUUCUGUUGUAGAGUGGGUAUACAACUCAAAGGAGCACAAACAUUUUAGGAGCAGGUUUGUAUACACGAAGUUAUUGAAGGUUCUUGGGAGAGCCAGGAAAGCAAGUGAAUCUCUUAAAGUCUUCAAUCUGAUGCGUGGGGAUGCACACAUAUAUCCUGAUAUGGCCGCAUAUCAUUGUUUGGCUGUUACAUUGGGUCAAGCGGGUUUGAUAAAAGAGCUGCUGAGUGUUGUUGAGUUCAUGAAAGAAAAGCCCAAAAAGAUUAGAAAUAUGAGACGCAAAAAUUGGAAUCCUGAGCUUCAACCUGAUAUUGUUAUAUUUAAUGCUAUUCUAAAUGCAUGCGUACAGAAGUGCCAAUGGAAGGGUGUAUCAUGGGUUUUCCAACAGUUGAGAAAGAAUGGCCUCAGACCUAAUGGAGCAAGUUAUGGUCUAGCAAUGGAGGUAAUGCUCAAAUCUGGGAAGUACGACUUAGUCCAUGAAUUUUUUGAGAAAAUGAAAAAAAAUGGAGUAUCUCUAAAAGCCCUGACAUACAAAGUUCUUGUCAAAGCUUUAUGGGAGGAAGGCAAAGUCAAUGAUGCUGUUCAAGCAGUCAGGGACAUGGAAAGGAGGGGAGUAAUUGGAACAGCAAGUGUAUAUUAUGAGCUAGCUCGCUGUCUUUGCUUCUAUGGCCGACGGGAAGAUGCCCUUUUGGAGAUUGAGAAGCUGAAAAACCUUCGCCCAACAAAAUCUUUGGCAGUAACUUUCACUGGCAUGAUAAUGUCUUCCUUGGACGGUGGACAUAUUCAAGACUGCAUUUUACUCUAUGAGCACAGCAUAACCCUAAUGGCUCCGAAUAUUGGUCUCAUAAAUGCCAUGCUGAAAGUUUAUGGUCGACAUGACAUGUUCCUGAAGGCUAGAGAAUUAUUUGAAGAGACCAGGAAAUAUGAUUUUCAUUCUGAAAUAGGCGAACAUGAUCAUAAUUUUUUCCUUAAAGAAGAAGCAUACACCUUCAGCUUGAUGCUCGAGGCUUCUGCUAGUGCUCUCCAGUGGGAGUAUUUUGAGUAUGUUUAUAAGGAGAUGACCCUUUCUGGUUAUCGGGUUGAUCCACGUAAACAUUCGGUUCUAUUGGUAGAAGCAUCAAGAGCUGGAAAGUGGCAUUUGCUGGAACAUGCAUUCACCUCACUCUUGGAAACUGGUGAGGUACCGCAUGUAUCGCUUUUCACUGAAAUGGCAUGUCAAGCUAUCAUCAGGCACGAUUAUGAAAGAGCUCUGAAUAUCAUCAACACCAUGGCCUAUGCUCCAUUUCAAGUUAGCUUCCAGGACUGGAUUAACCUCUUUGAAAUAAAUCAAGACAGGGUUGAUCAGUGCGCUCUGAAUGAAUUACAUGACAAACUCGUCAGUCGCGAUUUAAUAAAAGAAGCCACGGUCUUAAAUCUGUCAAAAGCAUUGAAAUUUAUUUGUGGAUCUUGUGAAGGCUCGUCGAGAAGUCCUGAAGAUGGCGUGGGUGAGCAAAAUGUUCCAUUGAUUUCUGAUCAUCUCGACUCAGUCUGGAAUCAUGAGAGCACUUUGGUCAACUCAUUGCAUAAAAACUACACGAGUGAUGACAAAGUGGAGGAAAAGGAUAUGGAAGGUGAUUUUGGUUUGUCCAAAACCAGUCUUGAAGAAAAUGACGACGCACGCGCAACCCGACUAGCUGAGAAUUUUGAUUUUGAUUUGGUUUCCAAGAGUUGGCCAUCUGAUUCCUAUGAAAUAGAGUUUGAAAAUAUAGAACGUGAAGAGGGAGAUUCAGAUACUGAUGAUUUUGACCUCGGAGAUAUGAACCUGAGAAGUAAAGUGGAUGAAGAUUCACGAAAAUCAGAUAUGCCGUCAGCAUACGAAAUACUAGAAAUUUGGAAGAAAAGGUGA